GAUUAAUCAACAUUUUUAUUUUGAUGGUGGCUGACUUGAUAUUUUGCAAAAUAUCGCCAUCGAAUCGUAUAAAGCAACGUGUCAAAGAAGUCCGUCACGCACUUUGAGUUUUUAAGUCGUGUGCAAUGUCAGCAGUGGAAAGCUUCACGGUCCCUACUGGUGUGGGAGAGUUUCCUCCUGAACUAAUAUGUCGGCCUUUGGGGUUUGUCGCGUUGACUGGACUGGAUGUUAUAUAUAACGCUGUACAUAAAGCUAUCUGGGAAUCGUUCAGUGCUAAUAGACGACCUGACCGUGUACCACUGUCGUUUAAAAUAUUAGACGGGGACCAUGAAUAUCCAAAGUGCCGAUCUAAGAGAAGCUCAUAUGAGUGGUACAUCCCUAAAGGGAUCACCAAAACUGGAUGGAUGAACAAACACUUGAACUUGAUACCCGCUGUGGUGGUUGUCUUCUUUGAUUUAGACUGGGAUGAGACACAGUGGAAAGAGAAACAAAUGGAAUGUGCUUCCAGAGUGGAAGUAGUCAGACACAGUUUACAGGGGAGAGGAACUAAAGUAGCAGUUGUCUUGAUUCAGAAAAAUUCUCCACUGCCACCAGGUGAAGACAUGGUGGCAGCAGAAAGAGCUGCAGCUUUAUGCAGUGCAUGUGACCUAUCAGCCAAGUCGUUGUUUGUAUUGCCGCACAGUGAUCAUUUAUUUGGCUAUACCAUUAGACUUGAGAAUGCCUUUUAUGAAUUGGCACAAGGUUAUUACCAUAUGGAAGCCAGGAAAGUCAAAGCACAUAAAGAGUUCCUCAAUAAGACCACACAUCAGCUUCUUUUUGUGAGACAUGCUUUCAAGAUUGCAUUCUUUAAUGAACUGAAACAAGACACAAAUACAGCCUUGAAACAGUACAAGGUAGCCUAUGCCUAUGUAAGUGAACUACGAGCACAUGACACUAACAUGCUGGAAAUCAAGUCAAUAUCGGGUUUCAUCAACUACAAGAUUUGUAAAUUGUCAUUUCACCACAAUGCUCCAUUGGAUGCCAUAUCUCAGUUUCGAAAACAUGUGGACUUCUAUAAAAAUAAAACUGGAUGUUCUGAAUUAGCAUUUGAACAUUCCGCCUGGAUGUGCAAACAAUUUCAGAUUUUUGGUGAUUUAUUUGAUGAGGCCAUUAGAGCUGGUUUAAAUGCAAUACAGACUCAGCAUCCUGGUUUUUAUUAUCAGCAAGCAGCUUACCAUGCUGUCAACAGAAAACACCUAUGUAGAGGACUCUGUCAUUCAGCAACAGUUAUGCCUGACCCGAAUCCAUUAGAAGAUGCUGACAAGCUAGAGUAUUAUGGUCAGCGUCCAUGGCGACAAGGUCACCAAAGCAUUGACCCUCCUGACCCUGCUAAGGAGAAAGAUGGAAUUCAAGCUUUACAGUAUAAAGAGUUACAAGUUGAUCAUUCGUGGAUCAUCAUUCCUCUCCUCAGUAGUGCUGUUGCCCAAUUCAAAAAAUACAAGUCAGCAAGAAUGAAGAGAUAUCUAAUGGUUCAAAUGGGAGAAGAGUAUUAUCAUGCCAAGGAUUAUAACAAAGCAUUAACAUUAUUGGAUAGAGUAACAUGGGAUUAUCGUGUUGAAAGAUGGUGUGCAUUACUCACAUCUAUACUAAAUAUGUCCUUAAGAUGUGCCUAUCUUGUUGCUAGUGUUCGUCACUAUGUUACGAUAUCUCUGGAACUGAUUGGUAGAUUUGCUCAUAUCUCAAGCGAAGAAAAAACCCAUGUCCAGAUGAACUUAAUCAGAGUGAUAUCGAAUAAUCCACCGGAACCAGUAACUGGCUGUCCCAGUGAGUAUGUAGAACUUGCUAAGCAGCUGUGGAAGGAUAAAUUAAGUCCUGAGAAUUCCAACAUAUUUACUGUGGAAAUGCAGAAUAUUGUUCCAUUUGUGGAAUGCAAAGCCAGAUUUUCUACUAGUAAAUGUACAGCAGAUACCCCACUACAGUUACAAGUAUAUCUCAGGGCGUCCUGUCAGUUUCCGAUCCGGUUUUCUAAACUCUGCGUUCUUCUCAACAACCAUGCCUAUAAUGAUUACUGUACUCUGGUUGAUGGCCACACAGUGGGUGGUGAUGGAGAAGCAUCAUAUAGCAGUUGCCAUGGAGAUCUGUAUCUCACACCUGGUCAGAUCAAGAUGUAUGCGUUUGAGUUUGUUGCUGAACCUGUAGAUGUUGGCAAAAAAAUAGAGAUUACCUCUAUAGCAUUAAGUCUUGGAAAUGAAGAUAAUUGCUGUGCAAUACUACGCUGGGUUGGAGCUGGUGGAGAUUCUGCUUCAUUAACAAAUGUACAAGAACAAGUGCAGAUGAAACGUGGUCCACCUAAACCAAAUGAAUAUGAUUGGAGCAAUAUCACACUGGAUCCAAGCAUAAGUAUUAUUCCCAGAUGUUCAAAUUUGGAUAUUCAAUUGGAUCACAACCCGCCAUCAUUAAUGAAUGAAUUUUAUUAUGCCAAAGUCAUUAUCACAAAUAAUGAAGACUUAGAAAUUCAGAAUUUAUGUAUGCAGAUAGGGUUGAAAGAAGGCCAAGAGAAUACAUUAGAGCAGUCAAGUAAGUUUGAGAAAAGUAUGAUUCAAUCCAUUGAACAUUGUUACAGUACAAAAUAUAUACCUAUUGAAAAAUCUGUGUCUGUCCAAACUGUGCUGCCAUAUGAUCUGUCAAUAAAGAUGGCUUCAUUGAAGUUUGAUGUUGUGGAGCAUGUCCACUCUGAUGAGCCAUUUCUGUUAUUAACCGAUAUCAAAUGCACAUCGCCCUGGCCAAUCACCAUAGAGAACAGUCAACUAUUGUUGUCUGAUGAGGUGAAGUCUGUUGAUGAAACAUUACAGUCACAGUUGAUAUCAGUGUCGUUAAAACAAAAUGAAUGUGCAAGUGAAUGUUACUGUCUUGUGGCACCAGUUCAUCAUCAACACACAACUGUUCCUAUUGGACAUUAUUCUGUGCAGUGGAAAAGGACAAAUUGUGAAGAAGAAGGUCUGCCAACUGUAGAGACAACAUUAGCUCUACCUAGUAUCACUGUAGAGACCAUUCCACUAUUCAUAGAAACUAAGAUUCCAUCACAUGGCCGAGUCAGGGACUCCUUACAUGUCACGUAUACUAUAUAUAAUAAGACACAGAUGGUGCAAGAGGUGGAGGCUGGAAUGGAGCCAUCAGAAGCCUUUAUGUUUUCUGGUCAUAAGCAGGUUUGUUUUAGAAUUCUACCAGUUAGUCAACAAGUACUGAUGUAUAACUUUUAUCCACUGGUCCCCGGACAUGUCAAGUUGCCAAGGUUACACAUAAAUAUGCCACGUUAUCCUGGUGUAGCAGAUGAUUUAGGAGGCAGGAUGUUGCCAACACAUAUAUUUAUUAAGCCACAAGGGAAAGAAUUACAUGAGUCUGCGUCUGGAUGAUACUUUAAUCAAUGAUUGACUGAAACAGAAGAUUUGUCAUGCCAUUAUUGGUUCAUAUUUACCUUAAACCUGUAACGCAGUCAUCAUCAACAAUUCUGGCAUGGUUCCACUGAUCCUGUGAAUAUUUAAGUCACCAUGGACAUGUUUUUCUAUUAUGAACAAAGUUUGUAAGCAGAGUGCAAUAUUGGUUUCUGAAAUGAAUAAUAGUGAGAAUUCUAUUAUAUAAGUGAAAUAUAUAAACAUGAAGACCCUACAUUGCAGCUUCAAUGACAAACAUGUUCAUAUAUGUAGGUUUUAUCAGCUUGUUUAUCAGGUAGCCCUCUAUAGUUUCAAGUGGGAAAUAUAUUAUAAUCGUGUUUUAGAUUGGGUAUGAAUAACUAAGAAGUAUCUGGUCUAUAAUAUUAAUAGACUUUAUAACUAUUGCUAGAAUAUGCAUCUUAAAUUUCAGAACUACUGCUAUAUAAAACUUGAACUCUAAAAACUAUUGAAAUCACUGGAUACUGUCUAUGAAUAUGUAUCAUAUGAUUUAGUCUCUUCCAGAUGAUGUUAUGAUACAUGUAUAUUUGAUUUGGAUAAAUUUGUGUAACUAUUGAAUAAAUUAUACGAUUCCAGAUU